AUGGAGCCGCCGGAGGGGAAGCCCCUCUACAAUCACGACAUUGUGAUAGAAAAUGAUCGGAUAAAGGCUGUAGGCCGAGGCCUAUCUUUGCCGAGUGACAGCAAUGUGUCCACAAUUAAUGCGAAAAAUUGUAUUAUUACCCCGGGGUUUGUUGACGGCCACCAUCACAUGUGGCAGCACCUCCUGCGCGGUAUCACGGCUGAUUGGUCCCUGUUUGGUUACGCAUGUCACCUGAGGAGUGUCUAUGGGAGUUUGUACACACCAAACGAUGUCUACUUCGCCAAUUACGCUGCUGCGUUGAGUCUGCUAAACAACGGCAUCACAACCGUCCUGGACCACUGCCACGUUAUAAACUCGCCCGCACAUGCCGAUGCAGCGGUAAAGGGCUUGAAGGAUGCUGCUAUUCGAGGCACGUUCUGCUAUGGGCUCUAUCAGAACCCAAAGGAACCCGGGGAUUUCGGGAGUACUGCGACAGACUCGUUCGACCAAGCCGCACGAGUCGAUGAUGCUCUCCGUGUGCGCCAAGAACACUUUUCAGACAACGAUCCCGAUACUUCGCUUCUGACUUUUGGUAUUGCAUUGAACGAUCCACCCACAAUAUCCCGGGAACAAAACAUCGCGGAAAUGAAACUCGCGAGAAAGCUUCAAGCUAGACUCACGACCGUACAUGCUUCAGUAGUUCCUCACGAGACCCCCAAUCCUGAAGUCGUCCAGAAUCUUGCGGAUGCAAAAUUGAUGGGGCCGGACCUCGUAUUCAGUCACGGAGGCGGGAUGACAGACAGCGAGCUGGGUGCGGUGCAGAGUUCUGGGGCUGGCAUUGUUGGGACUCCCGACACGGAGCUGCAAAUGGGUAUGGGAUAUCCCGUGGUAUGGAAAGCUGCCGAUCUGGGCUGUCAGACGUGCCUUGGACUCGAUAUCACUUCGAAUCAAGGUAAUGAUUUCAUGGCACAGAUGAGGUUGGCUCUUCAGACGCAACGAGCUCGCGACUAUGAUCAUACAGUCCAGAGAGAUGUCCGCAGGAAGACAGCAGACGUAUUACGCAUGGCAACGCUAGGAGGGGCAGAGGUUAUGGAAAUGGGGUCGUUGGUUGGUUCUAUCGUUCCUGGUAAAAAGGCUGACCUGGUGAUCUUCCGCUGUGACGACAUUGACACGGUACCCGUUGUGGACCCUAUCCCAACUGUGGUCUUCCAUGCAUCGCCAAAGAACAUUGACACCGUUAUCGUUGACGGAAAGAUUGUCAAGCAGAAUGGUCAGCUUGUCGGUGUUGAAUGGAAGUUCCUUCGUGAUCAAAUGAUGCGUAGAUCCCAACGACUGACGGAUCAAGCAUCCAAAGUCGAUAUGGAGAAGGCCGAAUCAUUAUUUUACUCCUUAUUCGAGAAGGCUAUGGAAAAGUAA